UGAUGCUUUGAAACAGGUCCUGGAUAUGAAGUGCUAUCGAAGUAAGGCCAGAAGACUGCAUCCGAUGCGUAUUUUGGAUUCUAAUAAGUAUGCAGCACUUCUAUCUUCCUCCAGAUUAUUCCCGAAUUGCCCGCUCUACGACGCGAUCCACACGUCAUAUAGUUUUUAAAUGCGAACGCGCAUCAAGGGGUGAGCACGGCUUAUGGUGGUUGUACCUGCGCUUGGCCGAUACAGUUGUUUGAGAGGGCAGCAAUGGCCGCGUUCUGGGGGAGUUGCUCGGAAGACGAGGAUGACCUUGUCACGUCGAGCGAGAGAGCUUGAUCUCGGAUGGGAUAAUGCGCUUGAAGGCGCGUGUUGUAGACACUUGUUAAUUGACACCAAAGAUCUUCUUCAGCGCGCUCUUGCCCUGCUUCCUUUGCCCGCUGGAAGCGCCAAGCACCUGGCGAAACUCUGCACAGUGAACAAGUUUGAGGACGCGGGCGAGGGCGAGGGGGCGAAGAGGGAGAAACUGAGGUUGCUAGUGCUGAUGACUCGGAUGAGUCAAGUGACGGACAUCGCGCUGCUUAAGUAUCUGGGUGCUGGGUACUUUGACGACGGAGUGUCUGGAAAUCAAGAAUUGAGUGUCAACCGUCUUCAAGCAAAUUACCCUUUUUAG